GGCGCGAGACGACUGGGUCACUCCGGCGUCGCGGCCGGCCGGGGGCGUUGAGCGGGUGGACCGCGGCGGGAGGCGCGGCGGCGUCUUGUGGGGAAACGCGUCAAGAUGGAUCGGCGAAGCCGAGUAACGAAGGCGUCCUCCGGCCAAGCGCCGCACCACUCCCCGGUGGCGCCUAGGAGAGAUAGGCGGCCUAGCAUGUUCGAGAAGGAGGCAUAUGCACAGAUCUUAAGAGAAAGAUUGAGAGAAUCUUUCCAUGAUGUUCAGUAUGUGGAACCUCCAUUUGACGAUUCAAUUGCUGAUAUAGGUAAAGAAUGGAAGAGUGCCCUGGCAAAAUUAAAGUUUGCUAAUUCAUAUAGAAUGGAGCCGUUGAGGAAAUUCCAAGCACAUCCAGUAGAAACUAAAAUCCAGCAGAUAUUAAAGGACAGUCUUAAAGACCUCAAAUAUGAUGAAAAAGCCUUCUCUCAUAUAUCACUUGACUUGGCGGACCGAGUAUUGGCAGCAGUCAAAGAACUGGGGUACUUCCGUUAUAAAUUCAUUAUAAAAGUAUUAUUUAUUCAAAAGACUGGUCAAGCAAUAAAUAUUGCCAGCAGAUGGAUCUGGGAUGUGGCAUGGGACAGCUGGGUACAAGCUAAACAUGAAACAGAGACCUACGUGGCAUUGGUUUUGGUAUUUGCUCUCUAUUGUGAAUAGCUCAGGACUAAAACAGUUUCACACACACCCCUUUUCAAAAUAAAUCACAUGUACAGA